AUGUUCAGCAUGGCAAAUGAUUUAUGCGACGAGUGCCAGCGGAUCUCUAUCGAUACCUUGCGAUCAAGCAGCGGCUUUGCGCACUCGAGUUUACUACACAAUAUAGACUGCGGCAUAUCGUCCGAAUGUGCGCUGUGCUCCGAGAUCGAAAAGGCUCUUCCCCAACACAUUGCAAGGGAAAGGCUCGACGACAAGGUCCGGUACGAGAGACCUGAUGUUCGAUUUUAUGUUCAUCCAGAUCAGAUCGGUGACUUGUUUGUUACUGUUGGCUGUCGACCACAAGAUAUUAGAUGGCUGGCUGGUCGCAGCCUAGUUUCCAAGAGUAAAGGAGGUUUAGUACGGUCAUUUCGGGUAUUUGCCGAUCGUGGUACUGCUGUGGAGAAUGUAUGCCGAUACAGUAACCCUCUUCCGGAGCCGUUUUCGGAUAAAGCCUUCAACUUGAUCAAGCUAUGGCUCCAUCGAUGCCUUGGAAGUCAUGAACACUGCCGCACGGCGUCGACGAACAAGCUUCCAAGCAGAGUUAUUGACGUAGGUCCUGCGGACGGAUCACAAAAUCCGUUCCUUCAUGUGUCAAGCGAGUGUAGUACCUACGACAAGCUGUCUGAUGUCUCGCAACGAUAUAUUGCACUCAGUUACUGUUGGGGUUCGCAUCUAUGGGCAGGAAAAGACGCCCAGGUCACCACGGCUUCCUCUCUCGAGGCAAGGAGAAGAGGGAUUCGCAUCACGGAUCUUCCACAGACGAUACAUGAUGCGGUCGUCAUUACCAGGAGGCUAGGCGUCCGGUACCUCUGGGUUGAUGCGCUGUGUAUAUUACAAGGUUCGGACGCCCUGGCAAAAGCGGACUGGGAACGUGAGUCUUCAAAGAUGGCGGAUGUCUAUGGCGGUGCAUUUCUGACUAUUGCUGCUGCAUCUGCACGCAGUGUCCACGAAGGCAUCUUCCACGAUAGGAAGCCCCAAGGAAAACAAGUCGUCAUGCAAUUCUCUGCGGGAAACAAUGGUUCGCUGGAAGGUCCGAUCUACAUCCAACAUAACCCAGUAUUUCGUGACUGCAUUGAUGAGCCUUUGUAUCAUCGCGGUUGGACAAUACAAGAACGCAUACUUUCCCCUCGUGUGGUCGUAUUCACUCGCGACCAACUCGUCUGGAAUUGUCAAACUCAGAAUCUGACAGAGAGCGGAAUCGAAAUGAAUGCGGUGGGCCAACUGAGACUUCGGACCCCUGAUAUCUUGGAGGAUGGAGGUGCUUUACAAUUCUGGCAUUCUGUCGUCCGAGAUUAUAGUUCUCGCCAUUUGACAAAUGCGACCGACAAGCUGCCAGCUAUCUCUGGACUAGCUGCUGCUCUGUGUCAACAAACAGGAGACAGGUAUCUUGCUGGAUUGUGGGAGAACAGUAUCUUUGAUGAUUUGUUAUGGGCGAACGCAUCUCUUUACAGUAGUCGUGGAAACAGAGUCGCCCCUUCUCGUCUGCCGGGCUAUCGAGCGCCUUCGUGGUCAUGGGCCUCCGUGCACGGGAACAUCGAUUUCCAUCGUUCGUCCAAGGAUCCUGCGUCAUAUUGCGCAAAAUUCUUAUGGUGUCACGUUACACAUUCUGGAAUCGAUAAGCUCGGAGCGGUAUCUGGAGGCUGGAUAAAGUUACGUGGCCCUUUGGUACGAGUCUUGAGAUACGGUUUAGAACGCGGGUCCAAUCUUAUAGUCCAGACAGGGACAGGACAAGAUGCUAUGUCAGUGUGUUUGGGCCAAGCGAUACUCGAUGCUGGGAAGAAGGAUAUAGAAAUCUCUACACCAGCAUCCAACGACGAGUUCUCUGACAUUUGGGUCCUUCGUAUCAAGACGAAGGCAGGCUUAGUAUUGAGAGUAGCACAUGGCGAAGACUGUGCAGAUGCAACAGACGACGAUGAGAGUUUGUCAACAACAGACGACAGCCACGUCUCGGUUGCAGCAGAUAGCGGCGGCAAACGGGACAAACAGCUUCUUGGAAGCGAUAUUGUACAGCGAUUACGGAAUAUCUGGGAACGUCUGCCCUGGAAGAAGCCGAAAACAGUCAUCAUGCCGCCAGUUCAUGAAGUCAUACGGCCAAGAAAAGGACCAAUUCCCAAGAGAUUCCGCCGUAUUGGAAUGAUUGAGUUAGAAGACAUUGGGAUGCAGGGAUUCAAACAUUGCGAGAAACGGACAGUCACCAUCGUAUAG